CAUUGGUUGAAAGCUCCUGGUCCGCCUAGCGUCUCCGCCUACUCUCCCGGCAGAGGACAGUCUGAAGAUGGCGACGUCCCUGAGGUGUUUUCUCCGCUCAGGAAAGAAUGUCUUGUCGGCUCUGCAACGGCGGGGAUUUCAUAGAAGUACUCCGGCUGCUGUGCAGGUAACUGUCCGUGAUGCCCUGAACCAGGUGAUGGAUGAGGAGCUGGAGAGGGACGAGCGGGUGUUCCUUAUGGGUGAGGAGGUGGCUCAGUAUGACGGAGCCUACAAGGUGAGUAGGGGUCUUUGGAAGAAAUAUGGAGACAAACGUGUCAUUGACACUCCAAUCUCAGAGAUGGGCUUCGCUGGCAUUGCAGUGGGAGCUGCCAUGGCUGGCCUGAGACCCAUCUGUGAGUUCAUGACCUUCAACUUCUCCAUGCAAGCCAUCGAUCAGGUCAUCAACUCUGCAGCAAAGACCUGCUACAUGUCAUCCGGUAUGCAGCCGGUGCCCAUUGUCUUCAGAGGACCCAACGGAUCAUCAGCGGGCGUUGGCGCGCAGCACUCGCAGUGCUUCGCUGCAUGGUACUCUCACUGUCCUGGCCUGAAGGUUGUGAGUCCCUGGAACUCGGAGGAUGCCAGAGGUCUCCUGAAAGCAGCCAUCAGAGACGACAACCCUGUGGUGUUCCUAGAGAACGAGCUGAUGUACGGCGUUUCCUUUGAGAUGUCGGAGGAGUCACAGUCCAAAGACUUCACUAUUCCCAUCGGUAAAGCCAAGAUCGAGAGACAAGGGAAUCACAUCACAUUGGUUUCUCACUCUCGGUUUGUUGGUCACUGCCUGGACGCUGCUGCCGUUCUCACCAAGGAGGGAAUCGAGUGUGAGGUGAUCAAUCUGCGGACCAUCCGUCCUAUGGAUGUGGAGAGUAUCGAGGCCAGCGUGAUGAAGACCAACCACCUGGUGACAGUGGAGGGCGGCUGGCCUCAGUUCGGGGUUGGAGCUGAGAUCUGCGCCAAGAUCAUGGAAGGUCCUGCCUUCAACUACCUGGAUGCUCCAGUCACCAGGGUGACAGGUGUCGACAUCCCCAUGCCUUAUGCCAAAAUCCUGGAGGACCACAGCCUUCCUCAGAUCAAAGACAUCAUCUUCUCUGUCAAAAAGACCCUCAACGUCUGAAACACACUCACAGGACAAAUGCAUCUAAAACUUCGUCUUGUUCACCCAGACGGUGAAAACAUUGUCUGGUAAAUAUUUGAAUCGUGUAAAUAUAACCCAACGGUUCUUUUCCCAAACGUUCCAGAUUGUAAAUUUUUCAGCCAGAUGUUGGUCGCUAAAACGCACAGCUGUUUAACCUGCACCCAGAGCAGUGGACACAGUUUGGUCAAGUCGUCGCCUCUGUCAGUCAGUUACAACCCUGACCGAACGCUUUGUGACUCUGGCUGCUCUUUGGACUUCCUCCCCUUCAAAAUAAAAGUUGCUCUAUCCUUUACAUUUUUCAGUAUUUCUGUGGGUGUUUGGUAAGAACAAAACUGCUGCCUGAGCACAAAAAAAUUUAAACUUAACAGGCUAAAAUGUGUCAAAAUAGACGAGUCAAGCAGUGAUACCCAUUAACAGUUCAGUCAGAUUCUUAUUUACAGAUUUUUUUUUUAAUCAGGUGUUUUAUAUCUUUAAGCGAACUUUUCUAACUUUAGACAACAUUUUAUUUAGGCAAAUUUCUUUAUUUGACACUAAAACAAGAGUAUGCAGGAAAAACCUCUCAGGAUGCAGUGUGCUCAAACUCAGUUACUGUUGUGCUUCAUCUCAGAUCUGCAGUUUUCACCAGAUGCUUUUAUUUGAGUGUGUGAGUUGUGCGUUUGGGGAAUAUUAGCUCAAACCUAGACUUGUAGAGUCAUUUGUGCUCUCAGCAGUUUUGCUUUUAAUGAAGUCCCAUAAGUUUAUAACCACCAAAACAUAUCAGUCUAUUAACUGAACUUCUCGCACUUACUUGGGUCUAAAAGCUGCCUUGAAGAAUGAACCAGCUCAAGGUGGAUUGUGGUCCGGAAUAUUUAUUGUAGCUGCAGCAGCUCUGUGGAUGUUUUUGUUGCUGUGAGUGACUCUGUUACGAAAAUAAAAUCUUUCAGUCCUU